GUCUGUGUGCUCGCGGUCAGAGCGCGCGACUCCACCCAACGGCAGAAGCACAAAACAAGUUGACGAGCGCCGCGCGAGUCAUGACGUUUGAGAGGAUCUCGUGAAGAAUAAACUCUAGGCAAACUCUUAACAAAAAGCAUGUAACGAGCUGUCGACGAGCGAUUAAACCAUCUGGAAUUAAUAAAAGUAACUGAAAAGUCGAUUUUAGGAAGGAGUCAUGGUCGCGGAGUGUCGAGUGUGACGGAGUUUAAAGCUAACUGAGCGCAGCUAGCCCGGGAGUUUGGCGUCGCGAGCAGUUUCACGAACAGUGAAAAUAUAGUGAUAAAGAGAGUUUUAGUACAAAGUAGUGAAAGUUAAAGCUAUUUAGGUGUCUAUCUGAAAGUUUAUUUGCUGUGUAGUUGGUCUGUGGACGGUUGGAGAUGGCUCAGUCGCCGGUAGCUGUUCAAGUUCCUGGAAUGCAGAACAGUCAAGUGGACCCUGAGGAGCUGUUCACUAAACUAGAGCGCAUCGGGAAGGGCUCAUUUGGUGAGGUGUUUAAAGGUAUCGACCGCCGCACUCAGAACGUAGUGGCCAUCAAGACCAUCGAUCUUGAGGAGGCAGAAGAUGAAAUCGAAGACAUCCAACAGGAGAUCACCGUUCUCAGCCAGUGCGACAGUCCACAUGUUACCAAAUACUACGGCUCAUACCUGAAGGGCAGUAAACUAUGGAUCAUAAUGGAAUAUUUGGGAGGAGGUUCAGCUCUGGAUCUGCUGCGAGCUGGACCCUUUGAUGAAUGCCAGAUAGCCACUAUGCUAAAAGAAAUACUGAAAGGUUUGGACUACCUGCAUUCUGAGAAGAAAAUCCACAGGGACAUAAAAGCUGCCAAUGUGCUGUUGUCGGAGUCCGGUGAGGUGAAGCUAGCAGACUUCGGUGUUGCGGGGCAGCUGACAGACACGCAGAUCAAAAGGGAGACAUUUGUGGGUACACCGUUCUGGAUGGCCCCAGAAGUCAUCCAACAGUCCGCUUAUGACUCAAAGGCUGAUAUUUGGUCUCUUGGGAUUACUGCGAUUGAGCUGGCCAAGGGUGAACCCCCCAACUCCGACAUGCACCCCAUGAAAGUUCUCUUCCAUAUCCCAAAGAAUACACCACCCACCCUCAACGGAGACUUCUCAAAGAUCUUUAAAGAGUUUGUGGACUCCUGUCUUAACAAGGACCCUACGUUUAGGCCAACGGCAAAAGAACUCUUGAAGCACAAGUUCAUCGGUAAACAUGCCAAGAAGACAUCCUACCUCACCGAGUUGAUUGACAGGUUAAAGCGCUGGAAAGCUGAAGGCCACAGUGAUGAAGAAUCCGACUCUGACUCUGACUCGGAGUCCAGCAGUAAGGACAGUGACUCAUCUCCUCCAUGGUCCUUCACCACCGUUCGUAAGAAGCCAAACAAAGGGCAGUCCAAUGGAAUUGAUCAAGAUGUUACGAAGAAAUCAGCCAGUUUAACCACAGUGAUGGCUCCUGUGUUUUCUGAGCUGAAAGCAGAACACAGGGAUGCAGACCGCCUGAUAAAAGGAGUCAUCGAGGAGCUAGAGAAGAGCCUGCAUAUGGCUGAAGACCUCUGCCCGGGAGUCACUGACAAAAUGAUCGGCCACAUCCUGGAAAGAGUGCAGAGGUUCUCUGUGAGUUAGUGCAGUGCCGCACGGGGUCACUCAUAAGACGACACCCAGGAGGAAGGACAUUACAGGGCAUCAGGUUUCCUAAUGUCAGGCCCUCCUCAUCACUGCACCUUAUCACACUUAAACACACUCAAACACAUGUACAGAGGAAGGAGGGCCUUGGAGUUGCACACUAUCUUAUAACCAAAAGGUUUAUGUCUCCCAAAGAAUGACUAUGCAUAGUGUGCUUAAAUGUAUUUAUAUAAUUUUGCCAUGUGCUUUUAAAUUUCUUCAGCUGGUGCCCAAGGAUGUGCGUGUGUGUGUGUGUUACUGUUAUUUUACUUCAUAUUUUAUUUUGAAAGACACAAUGUUGUUACUGAAUAAGUAGAUCUGCGCACAGCAUUAGGCAAAUCUAUCUCACACACACGUAUAUAUAUAUAUAUCUCAAUCCAUCACUUUUAUUUUACCAUUUAAACUUCAAUCAGUAAUAUUUAUGUGUGGGAGAUUUAGCAAAGUCAUUUUGUUUGUCUUGGUUUGGGAUUUCUUUAUAAUGCUCUACACACUGUUACCUGUAGCAUCACAUAACUGCUGUAUUGGAAUGACAAGCAUAUCAUAUCGGUCAAAAACCAAAUAGAAAUACCUCAGUUUAGAUAAAGCAAUCAUUUACAAGAAAACACAGCUUGUGCUUAGUUUAGAUCAAGUUAAGUUUUAUUUUAAACUGCUGGGAAAUAAGAGGAGUUUUGCUGUGCAAAAGCUGCCUCCGCAUCGGAUUCGUAACAAUGGGAAUUAUUUUUAAUUGGCAUGGUCAUUUGUUUAGUUAUUUCUGGAUCUUUUAUAAAUAUACAUAUAUGAUACAUUGCUGUUAGGAUAAAAUUAUCAGCCUUUGUCGUUAAAUAUUUUGCCCUUCAUGCCCACUUUUACAGUUUUUGAGCUAAUAUUUUUAUAGAGUUACUGUACUUUUGAAGGAAAUAUGCACUUGCACACACUUAUCAAAUGUUUUUUUUUUACAUACAGAGCUGUUUUUCUUUACAGACAUUCCAUUUUCUUUGAGUAGAUCUCAAGGGAGCUCAUGGUACCCCGGGGGCAAAAUAUCUACACACAAAAGCAACUGAGCUGCCCAAAAUACCAGCAAGUGAUUUCAAGGUCACCGUAAUAUAGACACAGAAUUCAGGCACUAUAAAAAUGUUUUCUAUGUUUCCUAUAAUAAGGGAUUUUUUUGCCAAGCUGUAAUGAAACAUGUAAGUGUGCCAUCACUGGUAUGGUGGUGAUUUCAUACAUGCUCCUGUUGGCUGGGAGAGAUGAUGCCAACGUUACAUAAACAUCCCAUUGUGCCUAAACUUCACUUCUAUAUGUAUAUGUGAUGUCCUGGUCUUCUCAAACAGCUUUAAAACAAAUGUUUCACACGCGUUGCCAGACUGCUGGAAGAUUUUAGACCAAUAAAGGUGUUUAGUAGAAGAUUUUUAUAUUUCUUUAUAGGUAUGUAGAUGCAGAAGCUAGUUUUGUAAAUUUCUUCAUCAGAGCUUUUGUAAAGUAACGUUGCCGCACAGAAUCUUUCAAGGCUGUAUCAUAUAUAUAUAUAUAUGCUGUUUUUCUUUCUUGUUUGACUUAACUGUUACAGAUUAGUUUUGUUUGGUGUGGCAAAUAAAGAUGUAAAUUAUGA